UCGAACAGAACAACACAAAAGUUACUUUACAGAACAUAAACAAACCUGAACUUUCAGAAAAUAGACAUAAUAUAAAAGUGAUUGUUAUUUUUGUCUAGGUAAAACAGAUCCCUCCUGUGAUCUACUGAGGAAAGAUUGAGAAGAUGGCAAGAAUGGUGUUUUUGGUGGCUCUUCUACCGGCUGUACUGGGCAGUGACUGUAAAUUCAUGCCAUUCGACUGUUCUGACAUUUUAAGCUCAGGACAAAAGAUCAGUGGGAUUUAUCCCAUCUAUCCAGUAGGUGACACUUCUCUCUGGGUUUACUGUCACAUGAUCUCAGAUGGAAAAGAUAAAGACAAAGGAGGAUGGACGGUGAUUCAGAGGAGAAUGGACGGCAGUGUGAAUUUCUUUCGGCCGUGGGAUCAGUACAAGAGAGGAUUUGGGAAUGUGGAGAGUGAAUACUGGCUGGGUAAGAUCUCACACGUGUUCUUCAUGUGUGUGUACCAGCUGACACGCAACAGGAAGUACAUGCUGAGAGUGGAUCUGGAGGACUUUGAAGGAAAUCAAGUUUUUGUUCUGUACUCGUCUUUCUCUGUGGGUCCUGAAGCUGAUGGGUAUCGACUGCAUGUUUCAGGAUUCACUGAUGGAGGAGCACGUGACUCUUUGUCCUUCCAUGACGGACAGAAGUUCUCCACAUUUGACAAGGACCAAGAUUCCCAUGAACAGAACUGUGCCAGACUGUAUCUCGGGGCAUUUUGGUACAGUAACUGUCACGGUACAAACCCCAACGGUGUGUAUUUAUGGGGAAAAGAUCCAACCUUUUAUGCCAUUGGAGAUGUUUGGCAAACUUGGAAGGGGUUUGAUGUCGGUCUGAAAUCCAUCCGCAUGAAGAUCAAACGUGUGUCUUAGAAACAUUAGUGUUUUCAGGAACCAAUGUCUGAUAUUGUUUUCACUAUUUGACAAAUGUGAAGGUUUAAGGUUUUACUUUAUCUUUGUUUCUGUUUAUUUGAUUUACUAUCAUAUAAAUGAAUCAAAUCUUCAAAUAAACGCCUGCAUUGAAAGCAUUAUGUCUAUAUGUACAU